GAAAGAGCAAACGAGGGAGUAAGAGAGAGAUAGAGAUCAAGAAAGAGAAGCGAGAGCGAGUUAAAACGCUGAACGAGAUACGUAAGAGACAAAGGCCACGGCGGCAUAACCUCCAAGCGAUUCGAUCGUACCGCGCGGUUUGGGAAUACCCUGUCGUCGUGGAUCGUUUCGAAGGAUUACUCGAUACGCAUUAUUUACGAGAGAUUAUAUUUUUACAAGUGCACGCCUGCUGCCCGGGCUUCCAUAUAUGAAUUGUUGCACGAGUGAGAGAGAGAAAGAGCACGUGUAUGCAAACGUAUUUUACUCGAGAUACAAGGAGACGUCGUUUUGAAGUGAAAGAGCGGGACGAUUGUUUGUAUGGUCGUGUUUUUCCGCGACAUCUGGUAUACGAUAGACCGUAGUCCGCGAGUGUUGUCUACUGUGUAAACAAAUUCGUUGUUGCGUCGUCAGCGAAGAAAAAGGGAAAACGAAAAAUAGGAGAAAUUUGGAGGCCGCAGAUAAUAUUUUCAGUGGUGUAGUCCACAGUUGAUGGAUGAAACUGGCAGGAUGCUGCAACACGGUGGAUCAGGUGUUGGUUUGAUGGGAGGUAAUCAGGGCCAAGGGGCUCAAAAUACCGCUGGGUACGGAAGCAUGGGACCCGUCGAUGGGACCGCGACACAAGGUCCUGAUCAGGCUGUUGAAGCCAGGAAACAGGACAUCGGUGAAAUCCUUCAACAAAUUAUGAACAUCACUGAUCAGAGCUUGGACGAGGCGCAAGCGAGGAAGCACACCCUGAAUUGCCAUAGAAUGAAGCCUGCCCUGUUUUCGGUCCUCUGUGAAAUCAAAGAGAAAACAGUGCUGUCGUUAAGGAACACUCAGGAAGAGGAACCGCCCGAUCCGCAGCUAAUGCGAUUGGACAACAUGUUGAUCGCGGAGGGUGUUGCCGGGCCGGAAAAGGGUGGCGGAGCGGGAGCAGCGGCAUCGGCCUCGGCGGCUGCAGCGGCUGGACCACCUGGACAACCCGACAACGCUAUCGAACAUUCGGACUACAGAGCCAAGCUUGCUCAAAUUAGGCAGAUCUACCAUCAGGAAUUGGAGAAAUACGAACAGGCGUGUAACGAGUUCACUACCCACGUAAUGAAUUUACUGAGGGAACAGAGUCGUACAAGGCCGAUCACGCCGAAGGAGAUCGAAAGGAUGGUUCAGAUCAUUCACAAGAAGUUCUCGAGCAUCCAGAUGCAGCUCAAACAGUCCACCUGCGAGGCAGUCAUGAUCCUUAGGAGUCGAUUCCUCGACGCGAGGCGUAAAAGACGAAACUUUAGCAAGCAGGCCUCCGAAAUCCUGAACGAAUACUUUUAUUCGCACCUCAGUAAUCCUUACCCGAGCGAAGAGGCCAAGGAAGAGCUCGCGCGAAAAUGUGGUAUCACCGUGAGUCAGGUUUCCAAUUGGUUCGGCAACAAGAGGAUACGCUACAAGAAAAACAUAGGUAAAGCACAGGAGGAGGCGAACUUGUACGCAGCCAAAAAGGCAGCUGCAGCUUUUGCAGGAGCGUCGCCGUACAGUAUGGGUGGCGCGAGCCAAGGCACCCCAACGCCGAUGAUGUCGCCGGCGCCUCCCGGUGGCCCGCAAGACAUGGCCGGAUACGGGAUGGGCAUAAAUGGUAGCGACUACGGCUCGCAACCGUACAACGACGGCUCGAUGGGCUACGAUCCUAUGCACCAGGAGCUGUCGCCUUGAAAUACUUAGAGGAAUCGCAAGAAGAAACGCAAAACAGACAAUUACGAGAAUCAAUACGAUCUAGAGACGCAUAUGUGUAAGAUGAUGUAUCGUGAAAAUGCUCGCGCAAUCCGAUCACCUCACUAUCUGUGAUCCGAGGCUCGCCUCUAACGGGCGGGUAAUACGAACUAAAAAAAAAAAAAAUCGAUAUUAAGCUAUUAACGUUAUGUAAUAGAUAUUCUCCAAGCGAGAAGCGUUCACGUUCUUACCGCGACGCGCAAUGAUGGAAGAAUGAACGCUCGUGUAACAGCGACGGAUCGGCGAAGAACUCUGGUUUACCAAUCAAGGAUUAACGAUUUUAACGUACAGUUAACGCUAAGGAAGUUUGCCCUAAAAACACGAAGAUAGCACGACAUCCGUGAAAAGGAAAAAGCAACUGUGAACCGUGGAAACUACUCUACUUUGGUCUCUUUCUCCUUUUUACUGUUCAUUCCCUUCCUUCGUCUUCUUCUUCUACUACUACUACUUCUACUUCUACUUUUUCCUGUUCCCCUCUUUCUCUUUUUCAUUUUGUUGGAUGCUGUUGUUCGAUAAUCAAGCGUGAACGCCGUGAACGCUUCUAUGCAUUGACGCCACCCUUUCCCCUCUCAGCGACCCUAUCGCGGCUCAUCGUAGCCGGUAAAAAAAAAAAAAAAAAAAAAAAAAAAAAAAACGAAAAGACAACGUUAAAAAGAGCGUAUUAGUGAAAUGAUAGAAAUGAGAGAAGAGUACGAACGGGAUACAGAACAGAAACGAAGCAAUGGUCCUGCGACGCAACACUAAUGUAUACGAUUUUUCAACAUGAAAAUAUUAUAUAUUGUAGCUAUACAUAUAGAAGUAUAUAAAAGAGAAUAGUACAUAGGCAAACGUGUAACGGCUAAGUACAUCACUGUAACGACGAUGCUAAUUAGUAGGACAAAAAUUUAUUUUAUUAUUAUUGUCUAUUAUUAUUAUCAUUAUUAUUGCUAUUGCU